UUCUUUUUUUUUUUUUUUUUUUUUUCUUGUUCGUUCUCGGCUGUGAUAAAACUUUCUCUCGUCUCUUUUUCCCUUGUCAUUGUCCUGGUCUCUUUUUCUCUCCAUAUACCUCUCGUGUUAUAUAUAUCCUUAUCCCCAAAGUCCUGAAGGUGGUACCAUUUGUUGAAUAGGCCACAACUGUAAGCUCUCGCCGGCACACGCCCCAAAAUAUGACGGCCAUAUCAACAUCCUUCCCACCAAGAGUGAAGCUCCGGCAAGGUGCAUACGUUGGCAAGACGCGGCCGUCGAGCACACACUACCCCAAGCCGCUGGCCGAGUUCCUUGGCGUCCCAUUUGCUCAGAGCACGGCCGGGGAGAACCGCUUCCGGCCUCCCCAGCCAUUGCCGGCAGUCCCUCCAGGAGACGCAGCAGACGUAGCGGUCGUCGAGUUUGGACAGCAAUGUCCGGGGGUGCUACUGCCUCCCGAGGGGGUCCAGAGCGGUGAGGACUGCCUCAACGCCAACAUCUACGUGCCUGCGAACAGGACAGGUGACGGCGCCCGGGAUCGCCUCCUCCCUGUCGUCGUCUACGUGCACGGCGGUGCGUUCAACAUGGGCUUGGGAGCAGAGCGCAACAUGGCCAGCUUCGUGUCGUGCGCCGCCGAGGAUGUCGUCGGCGUGAGCUUCAACUACAGGGUCGGCCCGCUGGGCUUCUUGCCGUCCGUCGCUGCUGCCAACGAGGGUGUGCUGAACCUGGGGUUGAUGGAUCAGCAAAUGUUAUUUGCUUGGGUGCAGGAAAACAUUGCCGAGUUUGGUGGUGACGCCGGGAAUGUGACGGUCAUGGGUCUCAGCGCCGGUGCUCAUUCAAUUGGCCAUCACCUCAUCUACUACGCUACCACUGCAGCGUCGGCACCGGCCCCCUUUCACAAGGCAAUCCUCGAGUCCGGUGGGCCGCUUGCGCGUUCCGUCUUGAUUCCCACGCACCAACGGCAUGUUGAUCAGUUGCGCGACUUUCUCGCCGCUCUUGACAUACAAAACGUACCAGAGGCAGACAUCCUGCAAGCUCUGCGCAGCCUACCCGUGGAUGAUAUCCACUCAGCAGCCCUCAACGUCUGGGUGAAGUACUCGAGGAGUGUAUGCUGGCCGUUCCAACCCACCAUCGACGGCGUUACCAUCCCCGACAUGCCCAUCUCCAGCCUGCGACGCGGUCAGGUCCUCAAGAUCCCGAUCCUGACGGGCUACAACACGCACGAGGGUGCCAACUUCGUCCCCGCCGCGACCGACACGGACAUCGAGUUCCGCAACUUCUUCAAGAGGCUCAUCCCGGGCGCAAGUGAGACAGAAGAUCUCGACCCGCUUGCGCGUGACGCCUAUCCAGAUCCGACCACCGCUGCCGCUGCCGCGCAGCUCUAUCAUCCCGUGCCCAGGGGCCACGGGCGGCAGUGGGCGCGCAUCGAGGCCGCGUACGCCCACUACGCCUACGUGUGCCCGGUGCUGCAGUUUGCCGACAUGCUUUCAGCCGCCACCACCGACAGCGUCUACGUCUACCACUUUGCGCCACUGUCACCCCCGCUCGCCACGGCCAACCACGCCGACAACACCCCAUUUGCCGCCCACGACGCCGCCCUGCUCGGGCCCCAGAUGGCCAAAAAGGCCGCCAAGACGCGCGGGGACGGACAAGCCCCGUACCCAGGCCUGAUGGCUAUCUCGGACGCCAUGCACAGCGCGUACGUGCGCUUCAUAGCUUCUCGCGACGGUAACCCCAACGCCGGAGCCACGGCUCGUUGUUUCUGGCCGCCCUUUGAGUCGCCGUCCACGGCAAAGGGCGCAGCCACCGCGGGUCAGGUCCUCGUCUUUGGUCGGGGGAACGACGAACGCCUGGGGCCUGCGGGAUCGGGCAGCAGAGGUAUUGCCGCUGUCGUGCAGGGUCUCUCCAGGCGUGAGCUCGAACUGUGUAGCUUCUGGUGGGACCGGGUUGAGUUGAGCCAGGGGCUUGGUCAGAGGUUACCGGUCAGGUCUCCUGCAAGGAAGUCCCGCUUGUGAAAAAUGUGCAUAUGAAUGUACAUACUAGUUUCAUCUCUCCUGAAUACCCUCCUCUUUAGUCAUAUAUAGCAGAACGUGACAACGAUUUACCAGUCAUAUUAUGGCGUAGAGGUAUAUGUUGUAUCUCCAAGUCAUUUGCAACAUAGUCUAAUGUAUUAUACGCA